UUUUUGUGAAAAAAACCUUCAAGUAUAAGGUUAUUAUUAUUAUUUUUUCUUAUACCGGAUGGCACUACAAGAAUUCCAAGAUUUACCUGCACUUUAUUUCAGGCGCUUACUAUAUGUGCUGGAAAUCCUAACUUGGGGCCUCUCGUUCCCUUCCUGUCUCUCAUUCUUUUCUAUUUCAGUAUAUCUCCCUUUCGUUCUUUUCAUUUUCAAAACUUUUGUUUCAUUUCUAGAGUCUCUCCACUGGGUAAGCAGAAACCUUAAACCAAUUGCAGUAGAUUUUGAUUUCGCGUUAUCCUUUGUGUCUUCUCCUUCGAAUCUCAUCAACUACUCCAGGAAACAAUCGAGGGAGGUGGGAGGUGUGGUUGAGCUGCAGCCAUAAUCGCUUGAAAAUAGGGUGCUACGCUGUUGCCACCAUAAUCGCUUUUUAGCUUCGAGUAUAUCUAUUUCUUUCAGAUCUCCUUUGUUUACUUUUUCAUUAGAUUCAUGUCUUUUAGCCUCCGAUUUGCUUUAUCAUUUUGGUGGAGUUCUCUGGCAUUGGAAACACUAGAUAUUCUUUCUUCACUCUCUGCAUGUGGUUUUUUGUUUCCAAUUUCAACUUUAUAUUUGUCCUUUUAUGAUUUAGUUUCAUGAUUUAGCUUUAGUUUCAAAAGUUGCUGUUA